UCAAAGAUUUCAAAGUAUUAAUUAUUAAAACAGUGGUCAUUGCAACAUAUACUCUUUGAUUGCAACUUGAUUAAUUGAUCACUAAUUUACUAAGUAUUUCGAAAAUUUAUUUGUUAGGUUAGUUCUAAAUCUGGCGUAAUAUAAGCAUGUCCGAGAAAGACGUAGAAAAAUGGACGAGGGAAGGUCAAAACAAAGAACUUUAUAUGUCUACAAGUUGUUCAAGUUUUGAAAUGUUAGACCCUCACGACCCUGUAAUUAGCCGUCUCGCAACACAAUUAUUUAAAAAGACCAAUGAUUAUUUACAAGGGGAAAUGGCAGCUGGACAGGAUCAUUAUAAUCUCCUGGAAGAAAUUAACCGACUGGCGAUUACAAAAUACACAGAUCUUAAGAAUUUGACGGUCAAUUUAAGCAAAACUUUAAAUGAAUAUAAUGAAAUGUUUAAUUCUCAGAUUAAGCCAUUGCUCCUUCAAAUUGACCAAAUUGAUGCACAAGUAUCACAGUUUGAGGCAAAUGCCUACCGUUUGGAUAACUAUACGAAGCAAUUAAAGGCUCGUUUUAAGGAACUUGAAGAAAAUUAAAUAUUAAAAUAAUAUAUAAGAAUGUCUAUAAAAAUGUUUUUGCUUAAUAAAUAUAAUUGCAAUUAAUCAAUAUGAUUAUACAUUCUGUUUUUUUUUUUUUAUUAUUUUGUUGACUUCAUAAUUUUUAUUAAAUUUUGUAAAUUAUAGACAGUGCAAUAAAUUGGUGUUAUGUUUUUCA